CACAUUUUUGCGGUCUCGUUCACCCAGCGUCAAUUUGAACACAAGAAAACUGAACACGAGCCCGGGAAGAUUUGUACGGUUAUUCCAGACGGUCCCUCGGCGUUGAGGACUGCAAAACGGCAAGAUGAGAAUCGAAACAUGCUCGUUCUGCUCGCACCCCGUUUAUCCCUCUAAGGGAAUAAUGUUCGUCCGUAAUGACGCUCGAGUUUUCCGCUUCUGCAAGUCGAAGUGCCACAAGAACUUCAAGAUGAAGCGUAAUCCGCGAAAGCUCGGCUGGACGAAGUCCUUCCGACGAGCUCAUGGCAAGGAAAUGGUUGUUGACGGUGCAUUGGCUUUGGCAGCCAAGCGUAACGUUCCUACAAGAUACAACAGGGAGACGGUGGCGACCGCACUGAAGGCUAUGCAAAGAUUCAGCGAGAUCAAGGCUAGAAGAGAGAGGGUGUUCUACAAGAACCGCAUGCGCGGUAACAGACAACGGCAGCUCGAGGCAGACAGGAAGUUGGUGGCUGAGAAUCAGCACUUGCUGCCCAAGGAGCUCAGAGACGUUGUUGAACCGGCACAAGAGCAAGUUCAGGAAGAGGUCGACGACAUGGAAGUUGAUGCGGUUGAAGAGGAGUUGGAGAGCGAGAUGGAAAGUGAGGAAGAAAUCGAACAGAAGGCCAAGAGCAAGAAGACGACCAACAAGCAGAAACUGAAGAUGAAGGUUGGCGGUGGCUUCGAUGCGGAGUAGAGGCGUUUCUCCAUCUCCUUCUUUCUGCUCCGCAGUUCUUCUGCACACAAAUUACGGCGCAUAGGCGUAUACUUGGCGUGAGAAUUGCCUGUUCGUAUCAAAGAGGCAUGGUCGCGCAAAAUAUGGGUCGGCAUGUCAUGAGUCUAAUGAGAUACCAAAUACUAUUGAUUCGAUCUUCUCAGA